AUGGUGGUCUUCUACGGCUGCCGGCAUGAGAAGGAGGAGCUCCUCUACAAGGACGAGUGGAAGAUGUACGAGAAGGAGGGCAUUCUGAGUGCACUGGUGGGCGCGUUCCAGUUCGACAAGCCCCACUACCCGCCGAAGCAGAUCUUCGUUUCGGAUAAGAUGGCCGAGCGACCUGAGCUGAUCAGUGACAACCUCUUGGAAAAGGGCGGCUACUUCUUCAUGUGCGGCCCGGCUGUGGCCACUCCGUCGGUGCAGAAAGCACUGAAGGCGGCGUUGGUGAAGCACGGCCAGAAUGCUGCGAAGCACGCCGAGAAGGACAUGUGGCCUACGCCGAAGACGGAUGCUGAAGCCGAACUCUGGUUCAAGGAUUUCAUGGCUGCGGGACGCUACUCGGAGGAGUCGUACUAA